CCUAACCGAAAACAACAACAAGAUAUUAGGAGGUGAAGAGUAAAUAUCGGUGAAGGUAUCGUUUCAGAUCAUGUCCGGAAAGGGGCGGAGAUGACCGACAUUGGACAGGGAGUCAAGGCCACGGACACGAGAAGAAGAAGAAGUCAUCGAGCCCUGGAAGGAGGAACAAACAGCGGGGAGACGAAAAUGGCGGCGAGUAGUGUGGACAAAAUGGAGGAAAUGGAGAGAAAGUUGGUGAAGCAACAGCUGUGCUGGAAUGAGGACAAUAGGGGUUCUACUUCGAGAACACAAACUCUUGCAUCAUUCACAGCAAAGAGCAAGUGGGGGAUGACUGGAGGAGCAAUGGCGGAAGCAGAAGUGUUGUGCGAUGAUCUUGGCGCGAGUACAGUUGGUGAGAAUGAGUCGACGAUGAUGAAGAAGAGUGGAGUAGAAAGGGCUAAAGUUGUAAAUGUACAGCAGUUUAUGGCUGGAGUGUAAUUCACGAGCAAGGAUGUUUUUUUGGGUGACAGGAAUGGUAGGUGCAUGUCGCUUGAAUUGAAUGAUAGACGGAAAGAAGGAGCAAAGUCCAUCGGUUUUACUGUCCUUUGAUGAAGUUCUUCUCCUGACUUAUGUAAAACUUGGGUAUGUGAGAUAUGAGGCGAGACCGUAUGUACGGAAGCCGCUGCAGUGUUACAAUUGUAAAAGGUUUGGUCACGUGACACGUGUCUGUUGAAGGAAUAAAUAUGUAAGUUAGUAGUUGAAGAGUCAGAUGAAGCACGUUGUUACAGCCCAAAUGUUACACGGUGUACUGAAUGAAGAGGUUCCUGAGCCUGUGUAGGGAUCUGAAUUGUACAGUUUUUGUUAGAAAUUCAGGGUAAUAGUGUACAUAUGGUUUUUUGUUUUUGGUAAUUAGUAUGAAUUUGUUAAUCCAAAAAUGUUUUGUUUUUUACUUAUUUUUUACUACCCUGUACAGUAGGUGACGACACCUUAUGAGUGUAGUCUGCCAAUUAACGUCAAAGAAGAAGAAAUAUUGGUGACAGUUUUGAAAGGUGGCGGGCGCUCCCGAGCCAACUCCAUCUUAGACGAGCUGGGGAAAUGGCAUUGUUUCUGCUGAACAGGUGAAGGAGUAGGAGGUUAUUGGGGAGAGAGAACGUACGGUGGAGAAGGCGGUUUACCGGAAGAAAGGAACUGAUGAGUUCAACAAUGAUUGAACCCCCAAAGACUAAGAUUGGAGGACCUUCCACUGGUAACGAAGUGUUUACUCUGUUUGUUUAGAGUUUUGCAGAAAUGGAACGCUGCCGACCUCUGAUAAUAAUAAACCGCUUUAACCCUUCCCUUGGACUGGUGGUGUAUUUGCAUGUGUAAACCCUGCCUUACAGAGAUCUUGGCGCCGAAUCCGCCACGCUGUGUAAAUAGUGUGUUGAUUUUGUCCUCUGAAUACACUGAAAGUUAUCCAUCAGUUAAAUGACACUCUGAACCUUCUCUUCUUAACAGGCCAGUUGACAAGGAUUCAUCACCCUGGUUCUAUCUGCUUUUACAUUUCAUCCAUUAUUUAUCUAGCCUGUGUUUUGGCACCAAAACUGUAUCAUAAAGUGCCUUUUUACAUCAAAGGAAUACGAGCGCAGUCCUGCCAAGUGUUCCCACUCUAAGGUAUGGCAGUCCCAUGCAGCAGCAUGACAAGAAAUCUGUUAUUUUAGAAAAUCAGCGCCACACCAAAGGUGAUCACCCUGGGACAUGUAACACAGCUGUCAAUGAAGGCAGGAUCCCAGCAGAAGAGGAAAGAUGCAGUGUAAUGUACAGAUAUUAGGAGGAACCCAGGCUGAGCAUGACAUACUUGUGAGUCACUGUACUCCUCAGUAACCGCCUCGCUGUGCCCCUCAGUAACCGCCUCGCUGUGCCCCUCAGUAACCGCCUCGCUGUGCCCCUCAGUAACCGCCUCGCUGUGCCCCUCAGUAACCGCCUCGCUGUGCCCCUCAGUAACCGCCUCGCUGUGCCCCUCAGUAACCGCCUCGCUGUGCCCCUCAGUAACCGCCUCGCUGUGCCCCUCAGUAACCGCCUCGCUGUGCCCCUCAGUAACUACCACAUGAUUAGUUUAGCACUGGGUCAUACUGGAUAGCCUAUACAUAAGAGACAUGUUGGGGAGAGAGAAGAAACCAAUAAUCCAUUAAUAUAACAUACAUCUUCUUCUUUUAUCAAUUGAUUUUAAUCAUCAACAUCAACAGAGCUGUGCCAAAGCCUGUCUUACUAAUCUGUAGUUCUCAAGCACAGCAUUUCUUAGACAUCACAUCACACCACACAGACGUUUCCACACGGACAUCUUGAGAUCUCUCCCAUCUUUCUUCCAACUCCCUGGGUUCCUCUCCCAAAGUCAUCAGUUUGACCCCUAUCGGAUGGUUGAGCGAGACAGCCAUCCCCCUGGUACAGUGCCUGUUCCUCACCACAGAGCUGUCACAGUGCCUGUUCCUCACCACAGAGCUGUCACAGUGCCUGUUCCUCACCACAGAGCUGUCACAGUGCAUGUUCCUCACCACAGAGCUGUCACAGUGCCUGUUCCUCACCACAGAGCUGUCACAGUGCCUGUUCCUCACCACAGAGCUGUCACAGUGCCUGUUCCUCACCACAGAGCUGUCACAGUGCCUGUUCCUCACCACAGAGCUGUCACAGUGCCUGUUCCUCACCACAGAGCUGUCACAGUGCCUGUUCCUCACCACAGAGCUGUCACAGUGCCUGUUCCUCACCACAGAGCUGUCACAGUGCCUGUUCCUCACCACAGAGCGGUCACAGUGCCUGUUCCUCACCACAGAGCGGUCACAGUGCCUGUUCCUCACCACAGAGCUGUCACAGUGCCUGUUCCUCACCACAGAGCGGUCACAGUGCCUGUUCCUCACCACAGAGCGGUCACAGUGCCUGUUCCUCACCACAGAGCUGUCACAGUGCCUGUUCCUCACCACAGAGCUGUCACAGUGCCUGUUCCUCACCACAGAGCUGUCACAGUGCCUGUUCCUCACCACAGAGCUGUCACAGUGCCUGUUCCUCACCACAGAGCUGUCACAGUGCCUGUUCCUCACCACAGAGCGGUCACAGUGCCUGUUCCUCACCACAGAGCUGUCACAGUGCCUGUUCCUCACCACAGAGCUGUCACAGUGCCUGUUCCUCACCACAGAGCUGUCACAGUGCCUGUUCCUCACCACAGAGCGGUCACAGUGCCUGUUCCUCGCCACAGAGCGGUCACAGUGCCUGUUCCUCGCCACAGAGCGGUCACAGUGCCUGUUCCUCGCCACAGAGCGGUCACAGUGCCUGUUCCUCGCCACAGAGCGGUCACAGUGCCUGUUCCUCACCACAGAGCUGUCACAGUGCCUGUUCCUCACCACAGAGCUGUCAGCUGUGGGUCCUUCUGAGAACCAAAUACAUCCCCCCCAUCUGGAGAGCUGCUAAUCACAGUAGACUGACAGCUCAGCAACACCGUCAGUGAUCUUCAUUAGUAAAGCUAAUGUACACUACUGUAUGUGUCGGAUGCUUCAUUUAUGUUUGGCUGUAUUGCCUGACUUGGAAUGCCGGGGAAGCAUUGGGAUCCAGGUUUAUACAGUGUUACAGCUGUAAUUCCACAGAACCUUAUCUCAGAUGAGGUUCAGAUAGGUAUGUGGUUGCUGUAGGACCAGGCAUAUGGGUAUUGCGCAGUAAUUAUUUUGACACUUUUUUUUUAUGCACUGAUUUAUAAAUUAAAGUUCCAAGUAUUAAGAAGUUGUGUGAUGGCAUCAGUAAGUUAACCCUUCUUCAGGUCAGUAGAGGUUAGAUGGCAUCAGUAAGUUAACCCUUUCUCCAGUCAAUAGAGGUUAGACGGCAUCCUUUCUCCAGUCAAUAGAGGUUAGACGGCAUCCUUUCUCCGGUAUCCUUUCUCCAGUCAAUAGAGGUUAGACGGCAUCCUUUCUCCGGUCAAUAGAAGUUAGACGGCAUCCUUUCUCCGGUCAGUAGAGGUUAGACGGCAUCCUUUCUCCGGUCAGUAGAGGUUAGACGGCAUCCUUUCUCCGGUCAGUAGAGGUUAGACGGCAUCCUUUCUCCGGUCAGUAGAGGUUAGACGGCAUCCUUUCUCCGGUCAGUAGAGGUUAGACGGCAUCCUUUCUCCGGUCAGUAGAGGUUAGACGGCAUCCUUUCUCCUGUCGGUAGAGGUUAGACGGCAUCCUUUCUCCUGUCGGUAGAGGUUAGACGGCAUCCUUUCUCCUGUCGGUAGAGGUUAGACGGCAUCCUUUCUCCUGUCGGUAGAGGUUAGACGGCAUCCUUUCUCCUGUCGGUAGAGGUUAGACGGCAUCCUUUCUCCUGUCGGUAGAGGUUAGACGGCAUCCUUUCUCCUGUCGGUAGAGGUUAGACGGCAUCCUUUCUCCUGUCGGUAGAGGUUAGACGGCAUCCUUUCUCCUGUCGGUAGAGGUUAGACGGCAUCCUUUCUCCUGUCAGUAGAGGUUAGACGGCAUCCUUUCUCCGGUCAGUACAGGUUAGACGGCAUCCUUUCUCCUGUCAGUAGAGGUUAGACGGCAUCCUUUCUCCUGUCAGUAGAGGUUAGACGGCAUCCUUUCUCCUGUCAGUAGAGGUUAGACGGCAUCCUUUCUCCUGUCAGUAGAGGUUAGACGGUAUCCUUUCUUUGGUCAGUAGAGGUUAGAUGGCAUCAGUAAGUUAACCCUUUCCGCUGUCAACAGAGGUUAGAUGGCAUCAGUAAAUUAACCCUUUCUGCUGUCAAUAGAGGUUAGAUGGCAUUAGUAAAUUAACCCUUUCUGCUGUCAAUAGAGGUUAGAUGGCAUCAGUAAAUUAACCCUUUCUACUGUCAAUAGAGGUUAGACGGCAUCAGUAAGUUAAUCAAUGGAGGUUAGAGGGCAUUUGAUGGUCCUUCACCUCCCUUCACUCAUCUGUGAAACGUCUGAUAUAGAAAAAAUCUGUUUCUAAAUAUUGUCUCUUCCCCCCGUUAGUUUUCACUCUCCCUCCUUCCCAAAUAAUCUCUCUUGGAGGUGAUUAUUCAAGGGGAUAAUUAAAUGUAAACUGCCCAGUGUAAUUAGUCAUGUCAUGUGAAGGACCCAAGGCGUUCUCGCUGCCAGCAGAUGCUACUCAGCAUUUCUCCUGCGGAUCAGAAUCCUUCACAUAGGUCAAACACACACACACACAAACACACACACACAUGUUUUCCUUUGCAGACUGUGGUACAGAAAGACCAGAUGGCUAAAGUUGGAGGUGUAUUUCCUUUCACCUCUGAGACUUGAUGGCUACAUUUCAACUACGACAGGACAUUAUGUCAUGCUCAAGAGCUUCACAUGAAGCACUUCAUCUAGAUCACGUGUCAACCUCAAGGUCUGUGGGCCAGAUCCAGUCUACAUUGGAAUGACUGAAGCCAAACUAUGACUAAAGCCAAACCAAAACUGUUUCGAAACAUUAGACCUACGUUUGGGGUGGCAGGUAGCCUAGUGGUUAGUGUUGGACUUGUAACCAAAAGGUUGCAAGAUCAAAUCCCCGAGCUGACAAGGUAAAAAUCUCUUGUUCUGCCACUGAACAAGGCAGUUAACCCACUGUUCCUAG